UUGGCAAAUAAUCACUGGUGUCUGCCUGUUUUGGCAGCUCAGGCUUUCCCAAGACUGAUCAGCAUCCAGGGUUUUGCUCUCACACAUCUGCUCUUCAGGAAAAAAUAACCUUCUAUCCUGGUGGAGGCAUUUUUUCCUGUCAUGAUGUCUUCUCUUUCCAAUUCUGAUGAGUUGAUUUUUUUUGUGAAUGGAAGAAAGGUCAGAGAGAAGAAUGCUGACCCUGAAGUAAAUCUGCUCUUCUACCUGAGGAAAGUCCUCCGCCUCACAGGCACCAAGUACGGCUGUGGGGGAGGAGGCUGUGGCGCCUGCACCGUCAUGGUGUCGAGGUACAACCCCAAGACCAAGAAGAUCCACCAUUAUCCAGUUACAGCGUGCCUGGUUCCUAUCUGCUCGCUGCAUGGGGCUGCUGUCACCACAGUGGAAGGAGUGGGAAGCAUCAGAACCAGGAUUCACCCCGUGCAGGAAAGACUCGCCAAGUGUCACGGCACGCAGUGCGGCUUCUGCAGCCCAGGGAUGGUGAUGUCCAUCUACACGCUGCUGAGGAACCACCCGGAGCCGACCCCCGCGCAGAUAACCGAAGCCCUUGGAGGUAAUUUGUGCCGCUGUACUGGAUACCGACCAAUUGUAGAAAGUGGAAAAACUUUCUGUGUGGAAUCAACUGUUUGUCAAAUGAAAGGAUCAGGAAAAUGUUGCAUGGAUCAAGAUGAGAAGUUUUUUGUGGACAGACAGGAAAAAAUGUGUACCAAGCUGUACAAUGAAGAUGAAUUCCAGCCCUUGGAUCCAUCCCAGGAACCUAUAUUCCCUCCUGAACUCAUAAGAAUGGCAGAAGAUCCAAACGAAAGAAGGCUAACGUUCCAAGGGGAGAGGACCACCUGGAUCACCCCUGUAACCCUGAACGACCUUGUGGAGCUGAAAACCAGUUUCCCCAAAGCCCCCAUUGUCAUGGGAAACACUGAAGUGGGACCCAGAAUAAAAUUCAGAGAUGAAUUCCAUCCAGUUUUUAUAUCUCCACUUGGGCUUCCAGAACUCUAUUUUGUGGACAGCACAGAUGAUGGGGUGACAAUAGGUGCGGGAUACAGCCUGGCCCAGCUGAAUGAUGCCUUACAUUUCAUUGUUUCUGAGCAACCAAAGGAGAAGACAAAGACCUACCGUGCUCUCUUGAAGCACCUGAGGACACUGGCUGGAGCCCAGAUUAGGAAUAUGGCGACUUUAGGAGGACAUGUGGUGAGCAGGCCUAAUUAUUCUGACCUAAAUCCCAUUUUAGCAGCAGGAAAUGCUACCAUCAAUGUGAUAUCCAAAGAAGGAGAACGGCAGAUUCCUCUAGAUGGCCAUUUCCUUGAGAAAUCACCUGAAGCCAGCCUUAAGUCAGAGGAGAUUGUGUUAUCUGUGUAUAUUCCACACUCUACUCAGUGGCACUUUGUGUCGGGACUCCGGAUGGCCCAGCGUCAGGAGAAUGCCUUCGCCAUUGUCAAUGCUGGGAUGAGUGUGAAGUUUGAGGAUGGCACAGACACGAUCAAGGAACUUCAGAUGUUCUAUGGGAGUGUUGGCCCCACUGUUGUCUCUGCAAGACAGACCUGCCAGCAGCUCAUUGGGAGGCAGUGGGAUGACCAAAUGCUGAGUGACGCUUGCCGAUUGGUGCUGGGUGAGAUUUACAUCCCACCAGCAGCUGAGGGCGGAAUGGUGGAAUAUAGGCGCACCCUGAUCAUCAGCUUGCUCUUCAAAUUCUACCUCAAAGUGAGGCGAAGACUGAAUAAAAUGGAUCCCCAGAAGUUUCCCGAUAUCCCAGAAAAGUUCAUGAGUGCUCUAGAAGACUUCCCCAUAGAAACACCCCAAGGAAUUCAGAUGUUCCAGUGUGUGGAUCCUUACCAAUCCCCACAAGAUCCAGUCGGUCACCCGAUCAUGCACCAGUCGGCCAUUAAACACACCACAGGGGAGGCUGUGUUUGUUGAUGACAUGCCCCCUGUUGCCCAAGAACUCUUCCUGGCUGUAGUCACCAGCACCCGAGCUCAUGCAAAGAUCAUAGCAAUUGAUGCUUCAGAAGCCCUGGCAGUUCCAGGUGUUGUUGAUGUGAUCACAGCGGAGGACGUUCCAGGAGAUAAUAACCAUCAUGGAGAGGUCUUCUAUGCACAGGAUGAGGUAAUCUGCGUGGGUCAGAUUGUCUGCACGGUGGCUGCUGAUACCUACGCUCAUGCAAGAGAGGCUGCUAAAAAGGUGAAGAUCACAUAUGAAGAUCUGGAACCAAGGAUUAUCACGAUAGAGCAAGCCCUAAAGCACAAUUCAUUUCUCACUGUUGAGAAAAAAAUUGAGCAAGGAAAUGUAGAGCAAGCCUUUAAAUAUGUUGACCAAAUCAUUGAAGGUGAGAUCCACAUGGAAGGACAGGAACAUUUUUACAUGGAAACACAGACUAUCCUGGCUAUACCUAAAGAAGAAGAUAAAGAAAUUGUGUUACACCUUGGAACACAGUUUCCAACCCAUGUGCAGGAAUUUGUGGCUGCAGCACUAAACAUCCCAAGGAGUAGAAUUGGGUGUCACAUGAAAAGAACUGGAGGAGCAUUUGGGGGAAAAGUGACCAAGCCCGCUCUGCUAGGAGCUGUCAGUGCUGUGGCCGCCAUCAAGACCGGCCGCCCAAUACGGUUUAUUCUGGAACGUGGUGAUGACAUGUUGAUAACUGCGGGCCGCCACCCACUUCUCGGAAAAUACAAAAUUGGAUUCAUGAACAAUGGUGUGAUCAAAGCUGCUGAUGUUGAAUAUUAUAUCAACGGUGGAUGCACUCCUGAUGAGUCUGAGUUGGUUAUUGAGUUCGUUGUGCUGAAAUCUGAAAAUGCAUAUAAUAUUCCUAAUUUCCGGUGCCGGGGUAGAGCUUGCAGAACAAAUUUGCCAUCCAACACUGCUUUUCGAGGAUUUGGAUUUCCCCAGGUCGCGGUGGUAGUCGAAACUUAUAUAACUGCUGUGGCAUCUCAGUGUAACUUACCCCCUGAACAGGUUAAAGAAAUAAACAUGUAUAAGAGAAUUAGCAAAACAGCCUAUAAGCAGACAUUUGAUCCAGAGCCCUUGAGAAGAUGCUGGAAAGAAUGUCUGGAGAAAUCUUCGUUCUCUGCUAGGAAAUUGGCUGCUGAGGAAUUUAACAAAAAGAAUUACUGGAAGAAGAGGGGGCUUGCCGUGAUCCCCAUGAAAUUUACCAUUGGGAUGCCCACAGCCUACUACAAUCAGGGUGCUGCUCUAGUCCACAUCUAUCUCGAUGGUUCUGUCUUGGUGAUUCAUGGUGGCUGUGAAUUGGGACAAGGCCUUCACACCAAAAUGAUUCAGGUGGCGAGUCGAGAACUAAACAUCCCCGAGUCGUACAUCCACCUGUCUGAGACGAGCACCAUCACCGUGCCCAACACUAUCUUCACAGCCGGGUCGCUGGGGACAGACAUCUUCGGGAGGGCCGUGCAGAACGCCUGCCAAAUCCUAAUGGCCCGUCUUCAGCCAGUCAUCAGGAAAAACCCUAAGGGAACAUGGGAGGAAUGGAUUGCAAAAGCCUUCACAGAAUCCAUCAGUCUCUCAGCUACUGGAUAUUUCAAAGGCUACCAGACAAAUAUGGACUGGGAGAAGGAGGAAGGUGACGCCUACCCGUAUUACGUUUAUGGCGCAGCCUGUUCUGAGGUUGAAGUCGACUGUCUGACGGGGGCUCAUAAGCUCCUUAGGACUGACAUCUUCAUGGAUGCUGCUUUCAGCAUAAACCCAGCCCUGGACAUUGGACAGGUUGAAGGAGCAUUUAUCCAAGGCAUGGGACUAUACACCAUAGAAGAACUGAAAUACUCCCCAGAGGGUGUGCUUUAUUCUCGGAGUCCAGAUGACUACAAAAUUCCCACCGUCACUGAAAUCCCCGAAGAGUUCCACGUCACUUUGGUGCGUUCCCGAAAUCCCAUCGCCAUCUAUUCAUCCAAGGGGUUGGGUGAGGCUGGAAUGUUCAUGGGAUCCUCCGUGUUGUUUGCCAUAUAUGAUGCAGUGGCCGCUGCCCGCAGAGAGAGGGGGCUGACCAAGACCUUCACCCUGCAUAGUCCAGCAACUCCUGAGUUGAUUAGGAUGACUUGUGUGGAUCAGUUUACCGACAUGAUUCCCAGGGAUGAUCCUUCAACAUUUACACCUUGGUCCAUCCGUGUGUCUUAAUCCUAUAUUUUCCUCAGAAAAUGAAUGAAUACAAGAUUGAUCUUAAAAUUUUCAAACCCUAGCAACAUAUAGGUUGGCCCCCAAUUGUCAUGGAUAAUUCUAGCAUCUUUUAAUUAUUCUCUGUGGUUUAAGUCAUUGCAUGAUUACGUUUUAGGAUGCACAUUUUCCCCAAAAGGUAUAAAGAAGCUUAGACUCAAAAAUUCUUCCUUUCAUUUGCAUUAUCCCGAAGAUCUACAGCAUUAUGGUUUUAAAAUAUGGUGGAGUUUCAUUACCUUGGAACAACUCAAGGGAGGCUGCUUGUACUUUGUUCCACAGAAAUCUGCUUACCUUCAAACCGUCCACCCCAAAAACUCUCAGGAUUGCAUUCCCCAAAGCCAGUGGUGUGCUGGUAAUAACCAGCUCCCCUGGAAAAAUCCAUGACUUAUGGUGUUUGACAGUUUCCAUGGAGUAAAUACUCUCACACUGGCCAACUCCAAGUCACUGACGUGAGGUCUCUGAACGUAGAGUUGGAAGAGAUGCUCGAAAUCAACCCUCAUGGUCCCCAGCACUGCAAGCCCACCACGACCCUAGGGUUCCUGCCGCUUCUGUGCAGCCUGUUCAGAUGAGGCUUAGAGAAGAAAACCAUCCAGAGCCUCCAGCUGGUCCUCAUCUGCCGUGAGCCACACACUUGGUACAGCAUCUUCCCUGUCUGGGAAACCACACGGAGUGAAACAGCUAUCUGAAAUCACUCUGGUGUGCCUUGCUUUGGCUCAGUGUCUGAAGGGUAAAAUCAGCACCACCCUCCUUUUGCCACAUCAAAGGGAUGCAAACUCCUCAGGCUUCUUUUCCAGUUAUUUCCUAGCUAUUUUACAUCGCAUUUUCUCAGGGGAAGGCAGUCUUACACCAGAAAAGAUGUUCAGGCUCCUGUAAGGUUUAAAAACACAAAUAAACUAAAUCAUUUGUUGAGAUCUGUGUGCUAGAUAUUAAAGCUCUGCAUUGAUUAAUAAUAAUUUUGUGGUGCAGGAAUAAGUGUGUAGCCAUUGUUUAUGUGUGUGUGAAAGAAACCAGGUUGGAAGAAGAGAAGGCUGGGAGUAGAAAGGAAAGGCCUCUUUCCCGAGGAAAGGCUCACAAGUCAAUGUCUCUUAUUCUAAGAGAAGUGUGUGUGUGUGUGUGUGUGUGUUUACAUAUAUCUUUAAAUGUCUGUUUGAAUUCACCUAGUAAUCUAGAUUGCCUGGAACCCAGCCCACAAAAACUCUAUGCCAGACAGAACAGUAAAAAUAGGGUAUAUUUUUCUAGCAGUAAAAUAGGAAGACACAUUAAUCACAAACAUAAAUUAAUUUUAAAAGUAUUAUGCUUCAUAGACUGUGUAGGCAAGGCCUCUGAUAACAGAAAUUGAAUUUUCACUAAAUAAGUCUGAUCACUUCAGUAGUAUUUCAUUAACUUGGACAAUUGGGGUUAGAGAAGAAUUUAAAAUAAUAGUACAUUUUAGGAAUAACAGGUUUCAAACAUAAGAUUGCUAUUCUAAUGCCUUUAAAAUUUGACAAUUUAUAGUGUCUUGUAUUAUAAAACUAACCUAUAUUACUAAUUUAGAUAAAUAUUGUUAUUGUCUGUUUAAUUUUAAAUGUUAUUACAGUAAUAGUUGUGCUACAAGCGUAAGAGAUGAUCUUUUUAUUUUGAGGGGAGGUAAUUAGGUUUUAAUUAAUUUAUUUAUUUCCAGUAGUGGUACUGGGGAUUGAACCCAGGACUUUGUGCAUGCUAAGCACACACUCUACCACUGAGAUGCUCUUUUUAACCAGUGGACCCAGUAAAUGGCCGAGCACCCUUUUGAUAAUAAAAGCACGUGGUCAUUAUUAAUUCUGGGCACAACUGUGCUUGUUACUCAUAGAAACUUACCCUCUCUGUUUAAUUGUGGGCUCAAUAAAAGUUUGUCAGAAGAGAA